AACUGCACUCCUAGAAUUGGAGCUGUUCAAAAUGGCUUUCUUCAAAGUUCUCUAUAGCUUUUUCAUGCUGACGGCUUUCCAUUCUUCCACAUUCUCCCUUGCCCACCCUGGUGUUGAUUUUGGCUGGGAUGGUAGCUUCCAUCCUGGAGGAAGGUUUUCUGGUCUCUUUCCAGGCUUCUAUCAGUACUCAUGCCCUCAAGCUAACGACAUUGUCCUGUCAGUCUUGGAUAAAGCCAUUGCAAAAGAGCCCAGGAUGGCUGCCUCUCUCCUUAGGCUUCACUUCCAUGACUGUUUUGUGCAGGGCUGUGAUGCAUCCAUCUUGUUGGACGAUAGUGCAAGCAUAGUCAGCGAAAAGGGGUCAGGGCCGAACAAGAACUCAAUUAGAGGAUUUGAAGUGAUCGAUGAGAUCAAGGCCAAGUUGGAAGAAGCAUGCCCCCAGACUGUUUCUUGUGCAGACAUUCUAGCCCUUGCCGCACGUGGCUCCACUGUACUAAGAGGUGGACCAUUUUGGGAGCUCCCACUGGGGAGGAGGGACUCAAAAACAGCAAGCCUUACUGGCUCAAACAACAACAUUCCUGCUCCAAACUCCACACUUCAAAACCUCAUAACACUCUUCAAACGCCAAGGCCUAGAUGAAGUUGACCUUGUUGCCCUCUCUGGAGGGCACACGAUUGGAAUGGCAAGAUGCGUGACCUUCAAGCAGAGGUUGUAUAAUCAAAAUGGAGACAACCAGCCAGAUGAGACCCUAGAGAAAGCCUACUACAAUGGCUUGAAAUCAGUGUGUCCAAAAUCAGGGGGUGACAACAACAUAUCUCCCUUGGACUUUGCCUCACCUGCCAAAUUUGAUAACACCUACUUCAAGCUCAUUCUCUGGGGAAGAGGCCUGCUCACUUCAGACGAAGUGCUUCUCACUGGGAAUGUGGACAAGACUGAGGAGCUGGUUAGGAGAUUUGCCGAGGAUGAAGCCCUCUUUCUCAACCAGUUUGCCACUUCAAUGGUGAAGAUGGGGAACAUCUCUCCGCUCACUGCUCUAAAUGGUGAAAUUAGGACCAACUGCCACCGCAUUAACUAAGCAAGAAGGUUGUUUAAUGGGUGUAUUUCUUCUGUCAUGUUUGUAAUAUGUUUAAGCUUUCUAUUGCCACUCUGUCAUUUGUUCCUUGACGAUGAAAAAAAAAUAACUAUAAUUUUAAAAUUUGUGUCAA